AUGUUGCGUAUCUACAACACCCUGACGAAAAACGUCGAGGAGAUCCGACCGAUGACGCCUGGCAAGGUCUCGAUGUACACCUGCGGGCCGACGGUGUACCGGUAUGCGCACAUCGGCAACCUGCGCACCUAUUUGAUGGCGGACUGGAUCCGGAGGAUCCUGAUCUCCGACGGCAACGAGGUCUACCACAUCAAGAACAUUACCGAUGUGGGGCACAUGCGGCAGGAGCUGGCGGAGGCCGGCGGCGACAAGAUGAUCAUGGCUGCUCUGGCGGAAGGCAAGUCCCUCCAGGAGAUCGGCGAAUUCUACGCGGACGUGUUCUGGCAGGACGAGGAACGGAUCAACAUACUUCCGGCCCACGUUUUCCCCUGGGCCUCCCACCACAUCCCAGAGAUGCUGGAGAUGGUGGGAACGCUGAUGAACAAGGACGCGGCGUACGAGGCGGGCGGAAACAUCUACUUCGACGUGAACAGCUACCCCGAAUACGGCAAGCUGUCGCGCAACUUCGGCGGCGACCUGCUGGAAGGAGUGCGGGCGGAAGCGGACCCGCUGAAGCGUGAUCCCAGGGACUUCACGCUCUGGAAAGCGGCAGAGCCGGGACGGGACGUGAAGUGGGACAGCCCAUGGGGCGAAGGGUUCCCAGGCUGGCACAUCGAAUGCUCGGCGAUGGCGCACAAGUACCUGGGAGAGCGGUUCGAUAUUCACACUGGCGGCGUCGACAACGUUUUCCCGCAUCACGAGGACGAGAUCGCGCAGAGCGAAGGCACGUUCGGCGGUCAGCACGUGAACUACUGGGUGCACGGCCAACAUCUGUUGGCGGACGGGGCCAAGAUGGCCAAGUCGGCCGGCAACGUGUUCACCGUCGAGGAUCUUACCUCGCGGGGAUUCGACCCGUUGGCGUUCCGGUACCUGUGCAUGACGGUGCGUUACCGUCACCGUAUGAAUUUCACCUUCACAUCGCUGCGUGCGGCGGAAAAAGCGCUGACCGGCCUGCGGAACCGUAUCUGGGUGUGGCGCAACGUCUCCGGCAACGGCUCGUCUCCCCACGCGGUGAGCAGCGAAGCCGAAGCAUGGCGUGGCAAAUUCUGGGACGCGAUCCACAACGACCUGGACCUGCCGACGGGCCUGGCGAUCACGUGGGCGAUGGCACGGUCGGACAUUUCGCCGGCGGACAAGCUGGAACUGAUCCUCGAUUUCGAUCGCGUCUUCGGUUUGGACCUAGCCGAGGUCCCUGAACGCUACGAGAUCGGAUCACAAAAUAAUGAAACUAUGGAGCGCAGGGCCGCGCUGCGGCAGCAGGCGGCGUACAACGACGCUGACGCGCUGCGAUCGCAGAUGACGGAAAGCGGCAUGGUCGUUGAGGACGCGGGGGUUGCGACGCGGGUGCGUCCUCAGACACCUCUCGAGCUGCAAGAAUCGCGGUGGUCGUCGGUGUCCGCAUCGCGCGAAGUGCCGUCGCUGCUGGAUGAGCCGGACCUGUACGACUUCACCUUCCUGGUGAACGCCUACGACUAUGUGGACGACGUGCGGCGAUGCGUACAGGCGGUGCUACGAUACACGGGCGGCGCCUCAGCCGAAGUGAUCGUGGUGGACAAUGGCUCCACGGACGGCACGGCGGACUACCUGGAAGAGGCGCAGGCUGAACACUCCAACUUGCGGGUGAUCCACUGCGACCACGUGGUGGGCGACGCCGCCGGCAAGAACAUCGGGUUGAAGCAGGCGCGCGGCCGAUUCAUCGUGCUGCUGGACGCGUCGACCGAGGUGGUUGGCGAUAUCCUUUCCUCCGUGGCCGAACACCUGGGGGACAACACUAUCGGGGUGUUUGGUCCUUACGGGCUGACAACCGACGACAUGCAGCACUUCCACGAGGAAGUGGAACGGGGCGACGCGGACGCGAUGCAGGCGUACUGCAUGGCGUUCCGGCGGGCCGACCUGCCCAAGGUGGGCUUGAUGCACGAGUCGUUCCGGUUCUACCGGAACCUGGACAUCGACUACUGCUUCCAGUUCAAGAACGCUGGAUACCGGGUAGUUUGCGACAGCGGUUUGCCGCUGGUGCGUCACGAGCACCGGCAGUGGGAAGAGUUGGACGAGAACCAGCGGGACGAGUUGAGCCGGAAGAAUUUCGGCCGGUUCCUGAAGCGCUGGGGCAGCCGGCCCGACCUGCUGAUCAACCCCGACGCUCAGGGGUUUGACACCGGGUUCCGACACUGA